ACACACACACACUCAUAUACAUACACACACACUCACACACUCAUAUACACACACACACACACACACACACACACACUUUUUCCUCCGGUCAUUUCCUUAUCUGCCUCCUUUUCCCCUGUGCUCACUUUUCUGGCUGACUAAUCAGCGGUGGGACUUUCACUGUUGCGCAAGCUCAGGAAAGCUCUUUAAAUACUUUCUCCCAUUAACCUGCAGUGAAGUGAGCACGGACUGCUCGUGUGGGGUUGCGAGAGACCCACGAUGAAGACGCUUCUGCCAUUAUUUAUCUCCGUUAGCAUCUGUAUGAUGCGGACCAAGGCUGACACCAGGGAGUUCUACAUUGCAGCAGUGGAGCAGGGGUGGGACUACCGUCACCAGGAGAACUUGGAUGCCCCACUUGUGCAAAGAAAGCGAAUUCUGCCCUCCAAGAAUGGCGUUGAGCAAUACAUGAAGGCUGUUUACUGGGAAUAUAAGGAUUCCACAUUUUCAACUCCGAAAGCCAAGCCACCGUGGAUGGGUAUUCAAGGUCCAACCAUAAAGGCAGAAGUCAACGACAGAGUUCUGGUUCAUUUCAAAAAUUUUGCCUCCCUGCCCUUCAGUAUCUUCCCUGUUGGCAUCUCCUAUUGGAAGCAAUCUGAAGGGGCAGGUUACGAUGAUGCAACAUCCAACCAGGAGAAAGAGGACGACGCUGUCCCCCCAGGGGGCUAUUAUCGCUAUGUGUGGGACAUCCAGCCAGCAGACGGGCCCACCCUGAUGGACCCGGACUGCCUCACGUACUCAUACACCUCCCAGGUUGACAUCAUCAGGGACUUCAACUCCGGGCUUAUCGGUACUCUCCUUAUCUGCAAAGCAGGGAGCCUGAAGAGAGCCAGUCAGCAGGAAGUACCAGAAUUCAUUUUGCUUUUUGCCAUUUUUGAUGAAACGAAGAGUUGGUAUGGAGAAGGGGGCAUGGCACGGGAACGGGUCAUUAAGACCAGAGCGAAAAAGCAGUAUCACACCAUCAAUGGAUACGCCAACUCAACUUUACAAGGCCUGAAAAUGUGCCGGAGAAACAAUGUCAUUUGGCACCUGAUCGGAAUGGGCUCUUCCCCAGAGAUCCACUCUAUUCAGUUCCAGGACCACACCUUGCAGGUCAAGAACCACAGGAAGGUGUCCCUGGAGGUGACACCCAUGACAUUGGCCACUGCAGAGAUGAAGCCUACUGCUGUUGGGAAGUUUCUAAUUUCCUGUCAAAUCCACUCGCACCAGAAAGCUGGAAUGACCGCGUUCUUCACUGUGGAAGACUGCCCGGAGCCAUCAGACUCCCUGAAUAAGAAGUAUGUCGUCAGUCCAGACGAUUACACGGACUAUGACAUGGAGGACGCAGUCAACGCUAUAAUGGUGAAUCCCAUGCCGAUGGUUCGGUCCGUGAAAAUGAGACCAAAGGUGUGGAGGCAUUACAUUGCUGUGGAAGAGAUCACCUGGGACUACGCCCCAGAUCUUGGGGAAAAGGACAGGACACUGGCAUCUGAGUACCUUGAGCAAGGCCCACAGCGGAUAGGGAAAAAAUACAAGAAAGCCAUCUAUGUUGAAUACAGUGAUGACCGUUUCACUCAUCGAAAAGCAGUAGAAGGAGGAUUAAUGGGGCCUGUGCUACGAGGAGAGGUUGGAGAUCAAAUUGAGAUAGUCUUAAAGAAUUGGGCAAGUCGGCCUUUCAACAUCUACCCAAAUGACCUCACCAGCGUCCAUGCUUCAGGGGGAAAAGAUUUGCUCAAGGGGAAAAGCCUGCGGGACUUUGCUGUGCAGCCCAACGAGACGUUUGUGUACCUGUGGAAGAUAACCUCCGAGGAUGGGCCCACCGCAGCAGACCCGAAAUGCCUGACCCGCCUGUACCAGAGCACCGUAGAUCCGGUCCGAGACGUAGCCUCGGGUCUCAUCGGCCCCCUUGUUGUAUGCUACAGAAAGACUUUGGACAAGAGGGGCAACGUGCUAAUGUCAGAUAAAGAGAAGCACCUGAUGUUCACUGUUUUUGACGAAAACAAGAGCUGGUACAUCAAUGAAAACAUACGAAAAUAUAUUAAAGACCCCUCCACAGUGAACCACAAUGACCCUGGGUUCUAUAACUCCAAUGUAAUGCACAAUGUCAACGGGUACAUGUACAACAACCUACGCUUCAAGGCCUGCCUGGAUGAUGUUAUCUUCUGGCAUGUGGUGAACGUGGGAACCGAUAGCAAAUUUCUGUCUAUCUACUUCACGGGAAACAUCUUUGAGCGUGACAAGGUGCACCAGACUGUUCUCACACUCUUUCCCAUGGCAGGGGAGACAAUCAGCAUGGAGAUGGAGACAGUGGGCGCAUGGGAGAUCAGUGCUUUGGAUUCCAGUCUUAAAAACCGUGGCAUGAGCGCUCAGUAUUCUGUACAUUACUGUGACCAGAAGUUGCCUUUGGUGGACUAUGAGGAGUACUACGACUUUUUGGAUGACGACUCCUGGGAAAACAACAUUGCAAGAAGCAGCAGCGGAAGGAACAGGACCCUAACUGUCAGAGUGUGCAAGAGGCCGGUCACCAACAACACUCUGGCUGCGACGGCCAACACCACGGUGCACAAUCUCAAGCCCGUCUGCGUGAUAAAGCACAUCGCAGUCAAACAGAACACAACUGCGUUCUCCAAGGGCGACAUUCCUGACGAUGUCCUACAAGAGCUUGACAGAGAGAUAAAGAGGAGCUCUGCUGAACGUCACCAGAGGUCCCCUACAACAUCCCUUCCAGUUAAUGACACAGGCAAGCACUCCGAUUCUCAGUCCGAUCUGGCGGGAUCGAUUUUGAACAACACUCUUCCAUCAGACUCUAGAGAGUCCUUGGAGGAGAACUGUGGAACAGCAUGCCAUCGAAGAGUCAGGAAGAGGGCAGCAGACGUUCUCAUGGUAGGACCUGUGACCCCUGACCUCCACACAACCCCUCAAAUGGUGCCCGCAGAACUGGAAGAGAAGGAAGAAGCCAAUGUCAGCCUUCCAACUCCACACGUGACACUACCAUCGCUCACAGAUGUGGACAAUAAGCAGGUCAAUGAAAGCAAAGAGCUGGGGAUAGCAGAGAGUAUGUUUGAAAAGGAGCAAGAGGAGAAUGCUACAGUUGACGACCUUGAAAACAUAUCCCAUGAGCUGGGCUCUUCAUCCACUACUGUCCCAAGCCACAGUCAGGGAAGCACUCUCAAAUCGCUGAUGUCCACCUUAAACAGCAAGCUGCACGGAAGUUCUGAAAGUGACAGGUUGCUAAGGCGUAAUGCCAAAGAAGACGGCAAAGGUGAGGACAAAAAGUCCAGUGAGCAGCAGGAGGACCAGGUUCUGAAAGAUAAUUCAGACUUAGAGCAGGGCAAUUUCAGCCAGUUUGGCAAGGAGCAGGGCAGUGUGAACCAAACAGACUCUGGUUACAAAGCCCUGGAUAGGCAAUCUUUGGACUUGCAAAUCCUAGAUCCUCAGGUAAAUGGUUCAGAAAGCAGCAACUCUACCAGACGAGGCCUGUCGCUGGAAUAUGAUGACUACAGCCAAGAAACCAACAGCUCUCGGAUGGAUUUUGAUUUUGAGGAGGACUUAAACAUGCGUGCCUCGGAUGGUAAAUACCGCAAUUACUACAUUGCUGCAGAGGAAGUGAUGUGGGAUUAUGGCCUUAAAAAACCACAACAGUUAAUAAAACCCAGGGAGAUGCGGAUGGGAAUGAGGAAGUAUUUCCCAGAAUACAAGAAGGCGGUGUUCCGGGCCUACACGGAUAAAGAUUUCCUCCGCCCUGCCACUCGAGGAGAGUUAGAGGAACACCUGGGAAUCAUGGGGCCCGUGAUUCAGGCUGAGAUCAACGACCUUGUAAUUGUGACGUUUAAGAAUCUCGCCUCAAGGCCGUAUUCUUUCCACCUCCACGGAGUUUAUGACAAAAGCCAAGGGCCGGCGAAUGGGGAGGCGGUACAACCCAACGAGGUGCGUGUGUUCAAGUGGAAGAUCACGAGGAGGCAAGGGCCGUCCCCCAAGGAGUUUGACUGCAAGGCCGGGGCUUACUACUCGAACCUCAACAUGGAGAAAGACAUCCAUUCUGGACUCAUCGGCCCCCUGAUCGUGUGCAAGCCUGGCACCCUCCAUCCCUUUACCGACCUCCAGCCCGGAGUCCAGCAGUUCUCCCUCCUUUUCACCGUGUUUGACGAAACCAAGAGCUGGUACUUAGAAGAUAACAUUCAAAGGUUUUGCAGGUCACCCUGCACCAUCAGAAACGAGGAUCCUUGGUUCAAGCUCAGCAACAGGUUUGCUGCGAUCAACGGCUACGUGGCAGAGACCCUGCCAGGGCUGUUGGUGGCACAGCACCACCCGGUCCGCUGGCACCUGCUCAACAUGGGCGCCGGCGGGGAGUUCCAUUCCGUGCACUUCCACGGGCUGCCCUUCACGGUCCGCAGCGAUCAGGAGCACCGCAUGGGCAUCUACAACCUCUACCCUGGGGUUUUUGGCACGGUGGAGAUGAGGCCGGCCAUGGUAGGCACCUGGAUGGUGGAAUGCACCAUCGGGGAGCAUCAGCUGUCAGGGAUGCGGGCCAAGCUCCUGGUCUACAGCUCAAAGUGUGUUGAACCACUAGGUAUGCGGACUGGAAGGAUAUUAGACACUCAGAUCACUGACUCGGGCCACUAUGGGAACUGGGAGUCCAGACUGGCAAGGUUGGGAUUGUCUGGCUCAAUCAAUGCCUGGAGUGCUGUGAACAAAAAGUCUUGGAUUCAGGUGGACUUGAUGAGGCCAAUGGUGCUCCACGGAGUUCACACACAGGGGGCAAGUCAUGGCCUCUCAGAAAGCUUUGUGGUGCAGUUCACACUCUCCUACAGCCUUGACCAGGAGACUUGGAAAACAUACAAGGGCAACAGCACCAAACCAGAAAUGGUAUUUAUCGGAAAUGUGGAUGGCUCCAGUGUCAAAGAGAAUUAUUUUUCUCCUCCAAUAAUGGGCCGCUACAUCAGACUGAAUCCUGAGACGUUCCAGAACCGCGCUACUCUUCGCCUGGAGCUCUUCGGCUGUGAUUUAAACAGCUGUUCCACACCAAUGGGAAUGGAGAAGAUGCGCAUUCCUAACCAGAGCAUUAGUGCUUCCUCCUUCCUUCAGACCUGGUUCCUGACCUGGAGUCCCUCUCUGGCCCGUUUGAACUUGGAUGGAAAUGCUAAUGCUUGGAGACCCAAGACCAACAACCCUCACGAGUGGAUCCAGGUGGACUUUGGGGAGGUGAAAAGACUGACAGGGGUUAUCACCCAGGGGGCUCGGUCCAUGCUGAAGCACAUGAUGGUCACAGAGUUCACCGUGUCAAUCAGCAAUGAUGGCCGAGUCUGGUCCAGCCUACUGGAAGAAAACUCAUCAAAGGAGAAGGUCUUCCUGGGAAAUAACGAACAUGACGAAGAGAUUCUGAACUUAUUUGAGCCCCCAGUUUUUGCCAGAUACAUCCGGAUCCAGCCCAAAGGAUGGUACAAUGAGAUUGCCUUGCGCCUGGAGUUCUUGGGCUGUAACACACAGCAGAGGCUCUGAAUCCACAAAGACAAGGACUUCAACAGUUCAAAAUUCUGGUCCAAGCCAGCCGUAAUGAAAAUGUUGACUGUUCUAGAUAUUUGAAUGUGUUGUGUCUGCCUACAUAAACCAAGUCCUCUUUCAAGCUACCAGAACCAUGUUUCCCAAGUUUCAAAAACCUGCUAAAAUAUGCUAUUCAUAUUUAAGUUAAUCUCUUUCAACAAUGCACUGAUGUAAUAACAAUGGAGUACUAUGUUAAUUGAAAAAUAUCAAUUUAACUUAGUGCUAAAUUCCAUACUACUGUGUGUGUGUUCAUAUGCGUGUGUGUGUGUACUUGUGUGUGUGUGUGUGUCGGAGAAAUGUAUUCAGUUUUGUUGAGAGAAAAGGAUAAAGUUCUUAUUUUAUAAAUUUUUUAUCAUUUGUGGGGUUUUUUAAAACCUUUUUUUUACUACUUUCAUGAUCACUGUUUUCAAGACACUGUACAUUUCUGGCUAUUUAAUUUAUCAAUUUUUAUAUGAUUUAUGAAUUGUAGUUCCACAUUCUCAUCUUUCCCUUUCCCCUUUAUGCUCUUAAUGGCUUUUCACUAGAAUAAUCUAUGUGAGGAGAAUAUUUAAUUCCAUCUUGUUUGUAUGUAUGUAGCAAUAUGAACAAGAAAAGCAGUACUAGUUUGUGUUUUAUUUGUUGAACCUAAAUGUUUAUAUCACUUUUCAUAUACUUUUUUAAUGUGUAUCAUAUUUCAUAUAACCAAAACAGUGUGUUGCCUGAAAUAACAAUCAGCGCUCCUAAACAUGUGUGCUCAAUUUCUCUUUCAUAUAGUCACUGUUAUGUAUGUCCUUUUGGUUUUUUCGAUUAUUUACUAUUUAUUUUGCUUGUAUUUUUUUACUGCUCUGUUAGUCUUGUCUACUAUACCUUUCACAUUUAUAUACUGUAUAGACCUGAAUGUAGCCUAGAGUAUACUAUACUGGGCUCCUCCCAGUACCCUUUCUUUAAUUUACUCUCAAUUUUCUACAGCUAAGAAAAGCUAAAUUAGGCACCAAAACUAUAAGGCCGUAGGCUCAAGCACAGAGACAGAGAUUGCUUAUUAGAUUCACAGAUGUUCUAAUAAAAUAGUUUGCCCUUACCAGGGCUACCAUGCA